CCACGUUUAAACGUCGUGGCCGGACGCGAAGGAGGACCGCCGCCAAACGGUCGGCCGGUGAGGCGAGCGGGGCUGCCGACCGGGACGUUUCUUUUUUUCCCCCCUCGCCGGAGCCGCGCCUGGAAGGCUUCGGGAAAACCAGGCCGGAGGGAAGAAGAACAGCCUUUUCCCGCCUUUUUUUUUUUUUUUUUGCUGCAUCUGUGUCGGGUUUUCCCCCCCCCCCAACCUCCCAAAACAACAACCCUGCGAGGGGAGUUUUCCAAUAAGGUGCCUGUGGAAGUUCUGUCUGCAAUCUGCAUGCAGUUUUAGCCUUGCAGUUGAUGGAGCUUGGCUGAUUUCAAGAAACUGAAUAGAAUCGCAUUUGAUUAGCAUUUGGAUGGAACCCCGUAAAGAAACCCAAAAGGGGUUAGGUUAAACCAGGAAGUUUUAGAAGGCAAAAAGAAGGUACGAAUAUAAAAUGCCUAAAGAGGACGACCGUGUAAUCCCGGUGAAGGUAGCAUUGAGAUGCCGCCCGCUCGUCCCCAAAGAAAUCGCGGAGGGUUGUCAGAUGUGUUUGUCUUUUGUCCCUGGAGAGCCACAGGUGAUUCUAGGCAAGGACAAGCCCUUUACAUACGACUAUGUCUUUGAUCCAUCAACUGAGCAGGAGGAAGUUUUCAGCACCUCCAUUGCCCCUCUUGUAAGGGGGAUUUUCUCUGGCUACAAUGCCACGGUUUUAGCCUACGGGCAGACGGGCUCCGGGAAGACCUAUUCCAUGGGCGGGGCGUAUACCGCCGACCAAGAGAACGACCCCACGGUCGGAGCCAUUCCGCGGGUCAUCAUGCUGCUUUUCGAAGAGCUGAAGCAGAAAGCGGAGUGGCACUUCGCCUUGAAAGUCUCCUACUUGGAGAUUUACAACGAAGACAUCUUAGAUCUCUUGGCAGCGGGCAAGGAAAGGACUUCUCAGAUAAGCAUUCGGGAAGACCCCAAGGGAGGCAUUAAGAUUGUGGGUCUGACGGAGCACAUGGUGUCAAGUGCCCGCGAGACCGUCUUCUGCCUGGAACAAGGCAACAACUCCCGAACAGUGGCAGCCACAGCGAUGAACACGCAGUCCUCCCGCUCCCAUGCCAUCUUCACUGUGUCUGUGGAGCAGAAAAGCAAGGCUGACGAGAACGUUCGCUUUCUUUCCAAAUUGCAUCUGGUUGACCUGGCUGGUUCGGAGAGACAGAAGAAAACGAAAGCGGAAGGAGACCGAUUGCGAGAAGGAAUUAACAUCAACAAAGGGUUGCUUUGCCUGGGAAACGUCAUCAGUGCCCUGGGGGACGAAUCAAAGAAAGGCAGCUUUGUCCCUUAUCGCGACUCGAAGUUAACCAGACUUCUGCAAGAUUCCUUGGGGGGCAACAGCCACACCCUGAUGAUUGCCUGCGUGAGCCCGGCGGACUCCAACCUUGAAGAGACCUUGAACACCCUUCGCUACGCGGAUCGGGCCCGAAAAAUCAAAAACAAGCCGAUUGUGAAUAUUGACCCUCAAGCGGCCGAGAUCAGCCGGUUGAGGCUGCAGGUCCAAGAAUUGCAAGUGUUACUGCUUCAAGCCCAUGGGGGAACCCUGCCAGUGUCUCUUCGAGGCGAACCCGCAGAAAACCUCCCGGCCCUAAUGGAGAAAAACCAAUCGCUCCUGGAAGAGAACGAAAAACUGAGCCGCAGCUUGAGCGAAGCAGUCGGUCAGAUCGCUCAGAUGUUGGAGAGGGUCAUCGCGACAGAACAGCAAAUCGAGAGGUUCACUCUGAAGAUGGAAGAACUCCGAGAACACGCAGCGUUGCAACUCGACCUGCCGAAGUUGCUGGCAUCCGUGGAGGACGAAGAGCUGAAAGAGCAGCUGGAACUAUUUCUCCAGUUACAGCAAAUGAUCACUCAGCUGCCGAAAGAAAAUCCUCCCGCCAUCGCUGACAUGGACGUAACAGAACAGCAUUCCAAUUCUGCGUCCUCGAUAGACCUGGAGGCCCCCCAGUCUUCAGACGACUACGCUGCUCAGCAUGCCCUCCAGCAAGCUCAGCUGUCCAAGGAGCUGCUGGAACUCAACCAAGCCCUCGCUCUGAAGGAGGCCCUGGCUCGGAAGCUUUCCCAGAGCGACCGCCAGCUGGAACCCAUCCAGUGCCAGUCUCAAAUCAACAUCCAGAACUUGGAAGAGGAGGUGACCAAGCUACAGAAGGAGAAGGAAGAUUUGGUCCUCGCCCUUCAGAUGACCAAGAAAGACGUCACCCAAGCCAAGCUGAGCGAGCGUCGCCGGAAACGUCUGCAGGAGCUGGAAGGGGAGAUGACCGAGCUGAAGAAGAAGCUGAAGGAACAAUCCAAGCUGCUGAAAAUGAAAGAAUCCAGCGAGCAGACCGUCUCCAAACUCCACCAAGAGAUCCGGGCCAUGAAAAGCCAACGGGUUCAGCUCAUUCGGGAGAUGAAGGAAGAUGCUGAGAAAUUCCGACAGUGGAAGCAGCAGAAGGACAAGGAGGUCAUCCAGCUGAAGGCCCAGGAUCGCAAGCGGCAGUACGAACUGGUCAAGCUGGAGCAGGACUUCCAGAAACAGGCCUCGGUCCUUCGACGGAAAGCCGAAGAAGCCGCGGCAGCUAAUAAGCGCUUGAAGGAAGCGCUCCAGAAACAGCAACAAGUGGCGGCAAAGCGGAAAGACCUUCACAACCGGGGAUUCGAAGCUGCCGCCUCUCGGGUGAAGAACUGGCUGGUGAAUGAAGUCGAAGUCCUCGUGAGCAUAGAAGAAGCGCGACAUCACUUGAACGACCUUCUGGAUGACCGGAAAACUUUGGCCAAGGAAAUUGCUCUGCUGAAAGAGAAGCAGGAGGCUGGGGAAGUCCUCCCGUCCAAAUACAGGAGACGCACGUUUUCCUACAAAUCCAUGGAAAUCAACCAUUCCAUCACCAAGCAGAUUGAGAGUUUGGAGACCGAAAUGGAACUCCGGAGCGCCCAAAUUGCAGAUCUGCAGCAGAAGUUGCUGGACGCCGAGACCGGCGACCGGACCAAACAGCGCUGGGAAAACAUAGCCAUCAUGACAGAAGCCAAGUGUGCCAUCAAGUACCUGAUUGGUGAACUGGUCGCCUCCAAAGUGGAAAAUGGGAAAGUAGAAAAACGACUGCAGCACAGCAAAACCACCUGCUCCGACGUGCAUAAGAUGCUUCUGGAAGAGCGGAAGGGGGCUGCCGACGCGGAAGCCGAGCUGGAGAGGAGGCUGGUCAAGGUGGAGCAGGAGUACCAGGAGAAGAUUCUCUACCUGCUCAGCCAAGUCCAACACAAGGAAGAAGCGGAAAAAACGCUGGAACCCUCGACUUCCGAACGGGAGGAGCAGCUUCUGGAACGCCUCCGAUUCCAAGACGAAGAGCUUGGAAAGCUGAAAGAGACCUUGGAGAAGAACCAGGAACUCUGCGAAGAGCUGGAAGCCCUCAAGCAGAACGUCAAGAUUCUCCAGGCAGCUAGCGGACAGAAGAUCUACAGAGGAGAUUCCGGCCUUGGAGAUGUUUCCGAAUCUCCUUUUGAUUACAUCCCUCCCAAGCUGAAGCCUCGCCGGAUGACCAGCGCAAAGCCGAAAUCCAACAUGAGCACCGAGGAAUUGCUUUUGGAAUCAGAUGACUCGGUAGAAGAAACAGAAGAAGAGUGGGUGCCAGCUAAAAUUGCCCGAGGCGUAAAGAAGAGCAUUUUAGGGUGCACCUGCCGAGGCCGUUGCGGAAACAAGCAGUGCGGUUGCCGAAAACAGAAACUGGCCUGUUCGGAGGAUUGCCGGUGUGAGGCAGAAAAGUGUCGGAACCGGGACAAGGGCCUCUUGGAGGUGCUACUCAGCGAUGAGACGAUGGGGGACAUUGGGGACCGGACAUUUAGCCUGGAAGACCCCACCCAGGUGACCUGUGGGGAUACUUUCUUUCAGCCCCCUGCAGUCACACCCACAAGAAAGGUCCUGGAAGACACAAUGCAACCUGAAACCUUGGCAGCCCCCCAGGGCAGCCCCCCGGCUUCGUUCCCACCCCUGGGACCCUCAGAGGGGCCCGAAUUCGCGCACCCCACCCUUAAGAAAGGACGGAAGCGCCUUCUCAGCAAAACCAGCCGCUUCUUCUCCGGCUGCACCCCGAUCAAAGAGGGCUUGAUGGAAGAAAAAUGACAUCCGGGGCCACUCCUUUUGAUUUUUAAUGUGUCAAAUGAUCCACGCAUGUAUAGGUUAAUAAAGGUUUUGUAUAGUUUCCUAAUUAAAAGGUUUGCUAACGAUGAAUCGGUUGUGGCAAGGUCUCUUCUUUGGCUCCGAAGUUAAAAGACUUUUGAGGGGUUUCUUCGAAGCCCCGUCGGAGAGCCGAGACACCCCGACGCAGCGCUCUGCAAAGCGAGGCAGAGAGAGAGGAAUAAUAAUAAUAAUAAAUAAUAGCAAUGGCUCAGGGCAUUUACAAGCCCUCCCUGAGUGGUUUAGAGUCAAGCUAGGGGCCUCUGGUGGCUUAGACUGGUAAGACAGUCUGUUAUUAACAGCAGCUGCUUGCAAUUACUGCAGGUUCAAGUCCCACCAGGCCCAAGGUUGACUCAGCCUUCCAUCCUUUAUAAGGUAGGUAAAAUGAGGACCCAGAUUGUUGGGGGCAAUAAAGUUGACUUUGUAUAUAAUAUACAAAUGGAUGAAGACUAUUGCUUAACAUAG